UAACUAAUAUCUUAACGCUACCCUGCAAGCACGUAGUGGCUAGCUGCACUGGCUAACGGCACCUACAGGAAAGUCAUAACUAAGCGCUUUAGCGGAGACAUUACAUAACACAACGUGAAGGGUUGACCUCUAAUCGACAGUGCAACGGAUUAGACAACGUGUUGAGAUGUGCAUUGCUCCAUCAGCUUUGACCAAACUUUUGUAACGAAUGUGUAAAUGCGUUGUUUUGACAGUCGAGGAAACAUUUUACAGUAUCCAUGUUUCGGUUAAGGACAAAAUGAAUGACAGUUCUCUGGCUCUAUGGAAUGUAGUCGUGGUCCGGGCGGGGUUUUGUUAGCCAGCCAAUGAGGUGGUCGAUAAUCGUCAGUGGGCGGGUCUCUGGCCGCCAGUUGCUCUGAGAAUGUUCUGCUCAGAGAUUCAACAAGGUCAAAACACAGGAGAAUCUAUCGAGAUAAAGGCUGUCUGGGAUAAUAGCCAGACAAAAUGUGUUUUUUUCCUGCACUAUUUAUUUAAUUCGUGUUAAAAUGUGUUGUUACCACGAGUGCUGUUGUUGAGAACAGAAUUGUCAAUUAAUCAUCCAAUCAACCGGUGCUUCUUAAGUUUUUCAAUUACCCUUGGGACUUUUUUGACAUUUGCAAAUUAAGUAAAGUGGACGGAAGGACACCGUGCCGGGUCGAGUGUGGACGUACGAUCUGAACAGCCCUUCCUGUGGGAGCGUCCCCCGUGCUUCCUGCUGAGGCCCUGUAGUGGACUGGUUCCUGGCUGAGCCCCAGGGCUGUGUGUGUUCGGUGCUGUGAGCUUCAGGACUGCUUGAUGCACCGUUUAAGGACUUGCGCGGCGCGGCUACGGCCGCUCACCGCCUCUCAGGCGGCGGCCCAGACGGCUGGCCAGCCGCGCACAAACAUGGCUGCCGCCGCCACUACCGGUGGCACACGGACGUUUCAGCCAAUCAGGUGCUACACGGCGCCGGUGGCCUCGGAGCCGUUCCUCAACGGGACGAGCUCAAACUACGUGGAGGAGAUGUACUUCGCCUGGAUGGAGGACCCCAAGAGUGUGCACAAGUCGUGGGACGUGUUCUUCCGGAACGCCAACGCUGGGGCCCCCCCGGGCGUGGCCUACCAGAGCCCCCUGGGGCUGACGGCGGCAGCGGGGGCGGCCCUGCACCAGGGCUCCCCCAUGGUGGGGGCCCAGCCCAACGUGGAGAAACUAGUGGAGGACCAUCUGGCGGUGCAGUCCCUCAUCAGGGCCUACCAGAUCCGAGGGCACCAUGUGGCCCAGUUGGACCCUCUGGGCAUCAUGGACGCUGAUCUGGACUCGCAUGUUCCUACUGACAUUAUCACUUCGUCGGACAAGCUGGACCUGGCUGUGUUCAAGGACAAGCGGGGAUUUCUAACGGUGGAGGUAGGAGGUUUCUAUGGUCUGAAUGAGUCUGACCUGGACAAGGUGUUCCGUCUGCCCACCACCACAUUCAUCGGUGGCUCUGAGACCGCCCUCCCGCUGAAGGACAUCAUACAACGUCUGGAGAUGGCAUACUGCCAGCACAUCGGCGUGGAGUUCAUGUUCAUCAACGACCUGGAGCAGUGCCAGUGGAUCCGCCAGAAGUUUGAGACCCCGGGCAUCAUGCAGUUCACUCCUGAGGAGAAGAGGACCCUGCUGGCCCGCACGGUCCGCUCCACCAGGUUUGAAGAGUUCCUCCAGAGGAAGUGGUCUUCGGAGAAGCGCUUUGGUCUGGAAGGCUGUGAGUCUCUGAUCCCUGCUCUCAAAACCCUCAUCGACAAUUCAUCUGCUUACGGAGUGGAGAACGUCAUCCUGGGGAUGCCCCACAGGGGUCGUCUGAAUGUGUUGGCCAACGUGAUCCGUAAAGAGCUGGAGCAGAUCUUCUGCCAGUUUGACUCUAAAAUGGAGGCUGCUGAUGAGGGCUCAGGUGAUGUCAAGUACCAUCUGGGUAUGUACCAUCGGCGCAUCAACCGCGUGACGGACCGGAACAUCACCCUAUCACUGGUGGCUAACCCCUCACAUCUGGAGGCGGUGGACCCAGUGGUGCAGGGGAAGUGCAAGGCGGAGCAGUUCUACUGCGGAGACACGGAGGGGAACCGGGUGAUGUCCAUCCUCAUGCACGGUGACGCAGCGUUUGCUGGCCAGGGUAUUGUGUACGAGACCUUCGUCCUGUCUGACCUGCCGUCCUACACCACGCAGGGAACUGUGCACGUGGUGGUCAACAACCAGAUUGGUUUCACCACAGAUCCCCGCGUGGCGCGCUCCUCGCCCUACCCCACGGACGUGGCCCGCGUGGUCAACGCCCCCAUCUUCCACGUGAACGCUGACGAUGCCGAGGCCGUCAUGUACGUCUGCAAGGUGGCGGCCGAGUGGAGAGCCACCUUCCACAAGGACGUGGUGGUGGACCUGGUUUGUUACAGGCGCAUGGGUCACAACGAGAUGGACGAGCCCAUGUUCACCCAGCCUCUGAUGUACAAGCAGAUCAAGAAGCAGAAGGGAGUUCUGCUCAAAUACGCAGAGAAGCUCAUCGCAGAGGGAGUUGUCACCAGGCAGGAGUAUGAGGAGGAGAUAGCAAAGUAUGACAAGAUCUGUGAGGAGGCUUAUACACGCUCCAAAGACGAGAAGAUUCUCCACAUCAAGCACUGGCUGGACUCUCCCUGGCCCGGUUUCUUCACGUUGGACGGCCAGCCUAAAUCUAUGACCUGUCCCUCAACGGGCCUGAGUGAAGAGGACCUGAACCACAUCGGACAGGUGGCCUCCUCCGUGCCUGUGGACGACUUCACCAUCCACGGGGGUCUGAGUCGCAUCCUGAAGGGUCGAGGUACGAUGGUGCAGAACCGCACCGUGGACUGGGCUCUGGGAGAGUACAUGGCCUUUGGCUCCCUGCUCAGAGAGGGAACCCAUGUCAGACUCUCUGGACAGGAUGUGGAACGAGGCACCUUCAGUCAUCGGCACCAUGUCCUCCAUGACCAGAACGUGGACAAGAGGAUCUGUAUCCCCAUGAACCACAUGUCUCCAGACCAGGCGCCCUACACCGUGUGCAACAGCUGUCUGUCAGAGUAUGGAGUCCUCGGUUUUGAGCUGGGCUUCGCCAUGGCCAGCCCCAACGCCCUGGUUCUGUGGGAGGCCCAGUUCGGGGACUUCCACAACACAGCCCAGUGCAUCAUUGACCAGUUCAUCUGCCCCGGCCAGGCCAAGUGGGUCAGGCAGAACGGCAUCGUCCUGCUGCUGCCCCACGGCAUGGAGGGAAUGGGCCCGGAACAUUCUUCAGCCCGUCCAGAGAGGUUCCUGCAGAUGUGCAAUGAUGACCCUGAUGUCAUGCCUACCAUGAAAGAGGACUUUGCAGUGAGGCAGCUGUUCGACUGCAACUGGAUCGUGGUCAACUGUUCCAAUCCUGCAAACUUCUUCCACGUCCUCCGCAGACAGAUCCAUGCUCCCUUCAGAAAACCUCUGAUUGUAUUCACGCCCAAGUCCCUCCUCCGUCACCCCGACGCCCGCUCCAGCUUUGACGACAUGUUGCCUGGUACCGAGUUCAAGAGGCUCAUCGUUGAGGAGGGCGCCGCGGCAGGGAACCCCCAGGGGGUGAAGAGGGUCAUCUUCUGCACGGGGAAGGUCUACUACGAGCUGGUCAAGGAGCGCAAGGCCCGCGGCAUGGAGGACACCGUGGCCAUCGCCCGCAUCGAGCAGCUGUCUCCGUUCCCCUUCGACUUGGUCCGGUCCGAGUUUGAGAAGUACGCCAACGCCGACCUGGUCUGGUGCCAGGAGGAGCACAAGAACCAGGGUUACUAUGACUACGUCAAGCCCCGCAUCAGGACCACCAUCGAGCGCGCCAAGCCUGUCUGGUAUGCUGGCAGAGACCCGGCCGCUGCCCCGGCCACCGGGAACAAAAACACUCACCUGACGGAGCUGCGUCGCUUCCUGGACACCGCCUUCGGCCUGGAUGCUUUCAAAGAUCAGCAGUGACCCCACCCCUAGUCUAGAUCACCAAACCUUUCCCCAACGCCUCCUCCUCCUCUACACGUCCCUCAUUCCCUCCAUGCGCGUCAUAAGCAGCUUUACUCUCCCCUGUCGUCCCUGCUCAGAUCUUGUGCUGCCGGCUUGUUUUCGGGGUCAUUUUGGUUCUCAGCCUGCCGUCCGCACACAGGGGACUGGCUGUGCUCCCUGAUCCCUGAUCUGUUUACUCCUCAGUCACUCAUCAUUGUCAUCACUCACAACAGAACCACUCCUCUCCCUCCAACGCGGUGUCUAGAAAUAAAACACGACAACCUUCAGAGUAAAAAAAAAAAAAAAAAGGCAUUUAAAUUCUUUGGAAAUGGGUGUGUGUUUUUUUUAAAACAGUGAUCACCCCGGCAACAGGUUGUUGUUGUUGUUUUUUUUGCCUAGCGGCAUUUCGACGGGAAGCAAGAAAAUGGGCUGACGACGACAUUGUUGUCUUGAUAAACACAACCAAAUCUAUGGCUUGGUUAUUUUUGCUACUUCUUUCUCUCUUCUCUUUUUACUCAUCACUCAUCUUUCUGUCUUGCUUUUAUCUUGUGCCAAAAAUAAGUUGAGUUUAAUUCUGCAACUGAAGGAAGGUUCUGCUUCAUACAGGAACCACCCAGAGGAAGAAAGGAAAUGGUUUGAGUGGGACGUCAAAUGAUUUAUUUAUUUUCAUAAAAGGGGAAAACUAUCUCUAUAUUGUGUUACGUUGCUUCUUUCAUUAAAGGAAAUCUCCUGGCUUCGGUGUCCUCUUUCUGCAUUUAUUUUGACGUCAUCCCACCUGGAAUUUAUUCUGUCCCGUUUCAAUUAAUGGUUACACUGGUCUGUAAAUGUACUGAUUUGUUGCGAUAUUUGAGAAGCCAUUUGCCACUGUUGUUGACCAUGUAUGAUCCU